AUGCCGGGAAAUGCGAUCUCUCCCGAUGGAGCUCUCUCCAUGCAGGCUGUCAAUGAGCGGCCAACAUCUACCUGGAAUACCCGCCGAUUAGGUUCGCGACUGGGUGUAGAUAUCGCCAGCGCUGCCACAGCAGGAGCUUUGACAUGCCCCGUCAUUACUGUUAUCGAUCGCGCGAUCAUCGAGAAAGCGUCUAAAGGCAUUCCCAUUCGACAGACGAUCACAUCAUGUUUCGGGUCCAUGAUUCGUCAUCCAGCGGGCUUCUUCCUCAGUACACCGUUUCUCCUUAUAUAUACACUCUAUACAUCGACAUAUUUAACCGCCAAUGCGAUUGACACAAUCUCGUCGACUAUGCGCAAUCAACCGUUUUCCUCCGUAUUUGCCGGCACGGCCAAGUUCCUCGCCACGACAACGGUGAAUAUGGGAAUCUGCGUAUACAAGGAUGCCAGGUUCGCGCGGAUAUUUGGCGCACAGUCCAAGCCUACACCAUCUUCCUCAUCGACACCUGCGCGCACGUCUCCCCCGGCCUCCUGUCACCCAUCCGGCGCAGCCACAGUCCCCAAGGUCUCAUAUGCCCUCUUCUGUCUCCGUGAUAGCAUUACCAUCUUCGCUUCCUUCAACGUCCCCACGUUAAUAGCGCCGUCAAUCCCUGAUUAUAUUGCAUCCACACCCGGGAUGAAGGCAGCGAUAGCUCAAUUCUCCUGUCCGGCCCUCAUGCAAUUCGCCAGCACACCGAUGCACUUGCUGGGUCUGGAUCUGUAUAACCGGCAACCGCCGGGAGGGCUGGGAUGGCGCGAGCGGGUAUCGCGUAUUCGUCGCGAUUAUGUCCCCAGUUGUUUUGCUCGGAUGGGGAAGAUCGUGCCCGCAUACGGUGUAGGAGGUGUGGCUAAUGUGCGGCUAAGAUCUGCUAUGAUGGAGUACCUAGAACGGACGGAGAAGUGA